AUGGAUGCAAUAUUCCCAAAUGGAACAUGUAUGGGUACAAUAUCAUCGGCACCAUUCCUCAAUAGAUGUGUUCCAUCACAGUUGGAGGAAGCAACAGCCACAAUCAUAGACAAAAUAUUCAAUUUGAUCAGUGUCAACUUUGGAAGUAUUGCCAACAAGAUAUUCAGUUCAAUCGCAGAACAUUGGCGAAUCAUUGUAUAUGGAGCACUGAUAGCGAUGGGUCUAGGACUUCUUUGGAUAUUCCUUAUGCGAUUCUUUGCUGGUUUGAUCACUUGGGGAACAGUACUUGGUGUCUUGGCAUGCUUGGGACUACUCUGUUACCAACUCUACUAUCAAUGGCAAAAGGCACAACAUACAUAUGAUCAGAUACCUCCCAAUCAAAGAUUAUCCAUCCAGUAUGAUAAUGUGAUUGCACUCAAAGUUAUAUUUAUUGUUCUUUGUUGUAUAUCAGGUAUACUUGCACUCAUUGUAUUGGCCAUGUUCUCAAGGAUUAGACUUGCAGUUGGUAUCAUCAAGGAGACAAGCAAAGCCAUUGGUAUCAUGCCAUCAAUCUUUGUCUUUCCAAUAUUCAUCUUUGCCAUUCUAGCAGCUUUCUUGGUCUACUGGACAUUUGUUGGAUUGUAUCUGGCCACCAGUGGAACAGCUAGUUACACUACGGAAGGAUUGUUUGAAGGAUUCAAGGAGAACAAGACACUUACAUACUUCCAAUUGUAUCAUUUCUUUGGUCUAUUGUGGACUUAUGCUUUCCUGAUGGCAGUCAAUCAAUGUACAAUCGCAGGUUCAAUAUCAUUAUGGUAUUGGGUACAGGACAAGAGUGAUACACCAUACUUCCCAGUGUGGAAGUCCUUCUACAGAGUGCUCAGGUAUCACCUUGGUUCAUUGGCACUUGGUUCAAUGAUACUUGCCAUUGUCCAAUUCAUCAGAUGGAUGCUUCGUUUAUUGGAGAAGAAGUUCAAGGGUAAAGAAGCAUUCCUGGCAAGGUUCGUCGUGUCAUGUCUCAACUGCAUAUUCGGCUGCUUUGAAAGGUUCAUCAAGUUCUUGGACAAGAAUGCCUACAUCAUGAUUGCAAUCUAUGGAUAUUCAUUCUGUAAAGGUGCAAGAAGAGGAUUCUCAUUGAUUGUUAGCAAUGUGUUGAGAGUGGCAGCAGUUGGAGUAAUCAGCUCGUUCAUAUUGUUUCUAGGACGAGUGUUUAUUACAGUGUUGACAGUUGGAGCUUCACUCUACCUAUUCAUGGAAGUGGAUCAUGAUGGAUUCUACAUUGCUCCAGUUAUCCUGAUUGGAUUCAUUGCAUUCUUUAUAUCUGGUGGCUUUAUGUCAGUGUAUGACAUGGCCAUCGAUACAAUGUUGUUGUGCUUCUGUGAGGAUUGUGAGCGCAAUGAUGGAUCAGCUGAACGACCAUACUACUGUCGCAAGUCACUUAGGAAGUUUAUCGAUGGUGGAAUAGGACCAUGUUGCUAA